GUUCCAGAACGCGAUUGCGUCACAGCGAGUUUCAAGGAGAUUCCGGGCGUCUCUUUCGCAGCGGCUGCCGGAGCGAAGCCGGUGCAACCGCAGCAGCCACCGACCUCGCCAUGCCCAGGGGCAGCCGGAGCGCGGCGCCUCGACCGGCCGCCACCAGCAAUGCAGUAGCUUCCCACGCUCCUGCUCAUCCACCUCCUUCCGCCAUGGCCGCCCCGACUCAGCCUCAACAGCCUGGCUUGAUGGCCCAGAUGGCUACUACUGCAGCGGGGGUGGCCGUGGGCUCCGCCGUGGGCCACGUGGUCGGUGGGGCCCUCACGGGAGCCUUCAGUGGUGACAGCAGCUCCUCCCAGCCCGCCAAAGUGGCCAGCGGCCCUGUCCAGGAGUCCAGGCAGAUACCAACCCACCAGCCAUCUCAGUAUGGGCCUUGCCUCUAUGAGAUGAGGCAGUUCCUGGAUUGUGCUACUAACCAGAGUGACCUGACCUUGUGUGAGGGUUUCAACGAAGCCUUGAAGCAAUGCAAGCAAGCCAGCGGUGUGGCUUCCCUUUUGUGAAGAAAUGAGAAAGGUCAACCCUGAGCCCCAAGGGAUCCUAAUGGAGGACAAGAGAAUUAGCAGAGAAUCUGGCCAGCUCAGUCUGGUUUUCUCAGUUGUAGAUUUAUAAACAAGGGAAGGUUUUAAGCGCAAGGACAAAUUGAUUUUUGUACAGAGGAAAGUCUAAUAAAAGCAGAUGGUUUAUUUAAAAGUAA